AUGUCCAUGACUGCUAACUUUAGCAUGCCGUGUGGAACAUAUGUAUUCCGCGGAACCCUUAAAACUGGACCGCCUGUAGCGAUCAAAAGGCUCGGCACGAAUCUGCCACACCAAGAAUUUCUAACAAAGGUUUCAACAAUAUUUGGUCUAAAGCAUGAAAAUGUGGUUAAGUUACUUCAUUAUUGUGCGGACAAUGAUCAGCAUUUCCUGGUGUAUGAGUUUGCACAGCAAGGGUCCUUAUACAACAUUCUUUAUGGAGGAAGAGGCAUUGAGCCUGAGCCGCGUCCGGCUCUGUCAUGGGCCCAGCGUAUCAGAAUUGGUGUUGGGGCUGCAAGGGGCUUACGCUACUUGCAUGAGAAGAACUUGAUGCAUUAUAUGAUAGCAUCCGACAAUGUUUCAGUUUUUGAUGAUGUAAAUCGACUGCUCCGUACAGUAUCUGUGCACGAGAUUGUCGACGCUAAACUUAAAGCAGACUACCCUCCCAGGGCAGCUGAAAGGAUGGCGGAAAUUGCUUGUUCAUGUCUUCAAUUUCCAUCCAAUCUUAGUCCAGAAAUGAGUGAAGUUCUCAACUCUCUCGAAGAGCUGUUACCACUAGACUCACAGAGUUGA